CAGCAGACUGAGGGGCCAUUGUAGCUCAUCAUUGAUUUUCGGCUAUAUCCAGUGAUAGUAGUUUUUAUAAGCUGUUAAGUUAUUGCGCGAAUCGUUUCGAUAGCGUACCUAGAUGAUGUGCUAAUAAAUUGAUGACAUGGUUCGAGUGAAAUUGAUGUAACGUAUCUAACUACCUUUCGCGUUUUUAUAUGUAUUCACACACGUUCAGUACUUUAUGCACAUUUUGAAAUAACCUCAAUACACGAUUUGCGAUCUGCUGUCUCAGAUCUGAAAUUAUUGUGAAUAUUGGUCUACAAACGCUCAAACAUAUCAGAGAAAUUAAAAUGGCUCAAGGACAAGCAUUAAUUUGUAGACUAUUAGCUUCAUCUGUCUCGGUUGCUCAUAAAGCCGGUAAAAUAAUUCGUGAUGUUAUGCAAAAAGGUGAUUUAGGAAUAAUUGACAAGGGUGAAAAUGACUUGCAGACUGAAGCUGAUAGAUCUGCACAAAGAUGUAUUGUUGCAUCUUUUAAAAAUCUCUAUCCCAAUAUAAAUAUUAUAGCAGAAGAAGUAGAUAAAAUAAGCCAAAAUUUAGAUGUGCCAGAAGAUUGGUUAAUUACUGAACUUGAUCAAAAAAUAUUGGAUUUGGAGUGCCCAAAAUCAUUAACUAACAUCACAGAAGAUCAAAUUACAGUUUGGAUUGAUCCAUUGGAUGGAACCUCAGAAUUCACAAAAGGUUUAAUUGAUCAUGUAACAAUAUUAAUUGGAGUUUGUGUUGAUGAUGAAGCUGUGGCUGGAGUUAUUUAUCAACCAUUUUGGCAAAAUAGUGGUCGAGCUCUUUGGGGAUUAGUUGGCAGUGGUAUUGGUGGAUUUGAGUUGAAAGAACCACCACAGAACAAUAAAGUAUAUGUGACUUCUAGGAGUCACUAUGAUAAAGCAAUUGAAACAUUUAUUAAUGGAUUACAACCUUGCGAAGUAAUACGUGUUGGUGGUGCAGGAAAUAAGGUACUUUAUAUAUUAGAAGGAAAAGCACAUGCUUAUGUUUAUCCAAGUUCAGGAUGUAAGCGAUGGGAUACAGCUGCACCGGAGGCUGUACUCAGAGCAGCUGGUGGUGAAUUAACUGAUGUACAUGGAAAUAAAUAUAGCUAUGGUAAAGAUAAUGAAAAAGAUCCAUUAAAUAAAUUUGGAGUAUUUGCCACUGCUCCAUCAUAUAACCAUACUGAAUUCAUGAAACUCAUUAGUGAAAUCCAGUCAAAAAUUUAAAAAAUAACAUUUUAUUCAACAGUCAAAAUAUGAAAUUCAAUUAUUUCAGUUUCAUGAACUCAAAAAUUGUAAUCCUAAUAAAUUGUUGAAUUAAU